AUGGCAGCAGCGCAGGCGGGACCCCUCCCGCAGCUCAAGCUGGCGUCGGGCCCGUCUCCGGCGACGGCGGAGCAGCGAUACUGGCGAGGCUUCAGGAACCAGCUCCUGAUCCCGUCGGCGACGGGGUACCCGGUCACGAGCAUCUCGUGCAGCGGCGAGUGCUUCGUGGUGACGACGGGGACGCGGGUGCAGGUGUACUCGAGCCGGACGCGGAAGCUGCUCAAGACGAUGACGCGGUUCGGCGACGUGGCGAGGAGCGGGGACAUGCGCAGGGACGGCAGGGUGCUCGUGGCGGGCGACGACACGGGCAAGGUGCAGGUGUUCGACGUGGGGUCGCGGGCGAUUCUGAAGACGUGGACGGGGCACGGGCAGCCGGUGUGGAGGACGCGGUUCUCGCCGGCGCGGCCGACGACGGUGCUGAGCGCGAGCGACGACCGGACGGUGCGGCUGUGGGACCUGGCGGGCGCGGGGGGGGACGAGGCGGCGCGGACGUUUGCCGGGCACGGCGACUACGUGCGGUGCGCGGACUUUGUGCCCGGGGCGGCGGCGGACGUGGUGGUGUCGGGGGGCUACGACGGCGCGGUGAAGCUGUGGGACGCGCGGGCGGGGGGCGCCGCGGCCGUCAUGACCUUCAGGCACGCGGCGCCGGUGGAGGAGGUGCUGCCGCUGCCGUCGGGCACGGCGGUCGUCGCGGCCGCGGGGAGCGCCGUCAGCGUCCUGGACCUGGUGGCCGGGAGGGCGCUGCGCGUCCUGGCCAACCACCAGCGGACGGUGACGUCGCUGAGCCUGGCGUCGGGCGGGCGGCGCGUGGUGACGGGCGGCCUCGAGGGCCACGUCAAGGUGUUCGAGACGACGGGGUGGAACGUGGUCAGCGGCGCCAAGUACCAGUCGCCCGUGCUGUCGCUGCGCGUCGUCCCGUCGCGCGACGGCGACCGCCACCUGGCCGGGGAGCGCCCGUGGCACAAGGACCUCCGCCACGCUCGGUACGCUCGCGCGCUGGACCGGGUGCUCGACCGCUCCGCGCCCGGCUACACGCCCCUCGACGUGCUGGCGCUGCUGCUGGCGCUGCGGCACCGCGGCGCCGUCCGGGACGCGCUCGACAACAGGGACGAGCAGGCCGUCGAACCCGUCCUGAGGUGGGUGUGCGGACAUGUCUGCGAUCCCCGCUACGUCGGCGUCUGCGUCGAGGUCGGACUGCACCUGAUCGACAUGUAUGCCGAGCACGUGGGCGCGUCGCCCGAGCUGCACGAGAGUUUUGCCCGGCUUCACAGGCGCGUCAAGAGCGAGGUCCGCAGGGCCCAGGUCGCCUGUCAGACGGGCGGCAUGCUGGAGAGCUUGAUGAUGGGCGCCAUGUAG